AUGAGGAUAAGAGCUAUAAUUUACAAAGUCAUUAUAAGUGAAUCUCCAUAUAGCAAAGUUCUUACCUACUCAUAUAACAAUUGCUUAACCCCCAUUCGAACAAAAAUUUUUGUCGCUCAUAGAUGGGGAUUAUUUUUUUUUUAUAAAAUUUAUAGAUGAUUUUAUAGUAAAUUUUGCUUUCUAAAUUUAAAAAAAAAUCCCAAUUCGCAAAAUUUGAAAUUGUCAAAAUGGUUCAAACUUAUCAAAAAAUUUUUAACUUGCCAAUUUAAUCUCAUUUUUGGGCCAUGCCAUUUUACCGCAAAAAUGCCAUUUUUUCAACAUUAA